CGCGUCUCGUCCCUCCGCGCAGCGAUGUGUCAGGUGGAAGAAGAAUACCACGAGCAGCUGGAGCGCGUGGACCCACCCAGUGACGCUGCAGAAACUUUGUGAGACGAGUUGAAUGUUUUCUAACGGGCAGGAAGUCAUGUGGUGAACGGAGCCGCAAGCAUUUCACAUAAAAGGACCAACAGGGAAGUUUCUGCAAUGUGUUUUUGUUCCUAAACGAAAUAAAUAUUGUUUAUAUUUUCUGAGGUCAUCUUUGGCUGAUGUUAGAAAUAUUAGUAUCAGACGUUGUAGUCAGGAGAGUGAAGUUAUUAGGUAAUUAUGCCAAAACAUUUAAUUCAGGAUCUCACAGUAACAAGCCCUGGAUGACUGUCUGAUAACUGACUGCUUAUCCACCUCAUUUGCUUUUGCAGUGCCUCUUUAGGUCUCUGUCUGAUAUAUGAUUUCCAGAAACUGUGACUGACAUUACAAAGGCAAAUGUUAAAAAGAUGGAUUGUUUAUUUGCUCCACUCUGUGUGGUAUUUUACUGUGUUUCUAAAACACUUUAUUAUGUAACUUCUUUAACCAAACACAGUUUUUCUCUCUGUUGUCAGUGCUUCGAAAAAAUGUGUCAAAUGCAAAGAGGAGCUGGCGGCUGUGGUCAUCAGAGCAGGAGAUGCAUACUGCAGGAACUGUUUCAGAGAGAGCUUCAUUCACAAGUUCAGAGCCAUGCUGGGUAAAACCCGGGUCAUCUUCCCUGGAGAGAAGGUGCUGCUGGCCGUCUCCGGGGGUCCUUCUUCCUGCUCAAUGCUCAGCCAAGUCCAAGAGGGUGUGAGUCAGAACGCUCAUAAAAAGCUGCGCUUCGUCCCUGGGAUCGUUUACAUCGACGAGGGUGGCGCUCUUGGCCAGCCUAAUGAGAUGAGACAGAAAACAACAUCUGAGCUGUGUGAUAUGUUCAGAUCAACUGGUUUUCCCUUCUGCAUCCUUCCUCUGGAGCAGGUUCUGGACCUCCCUGGAUCCGUCCUGACUCCCUCACCGCCGUCAGACCAACCAGGCUCCGCCUACAAAGCAGCUGUGGAUGUCUUCUUGCAGGGCGGCGGUGGCAGCGGUGACGGAAAGGCUGAGGAGCAGGAGUGUGUGUCGCCGCCUGCUGUUCAGGAGUCACACACACGGCUGCUGCAGCAGCUGAUUGGCUCAGCUCAAACCCUGACAGCCAAACAAGACCUGCUGAACACACUCAGGCAGCACCUGCUGGUGCACACGGCUCGGACCAGAGGCUACAGUAAGCUCAUGCUGGGAGACAGCUGCACCAGACUGGCUGUGAAGCUGAUCACCAGUAUCUCACUGGGCAGAGGAGCCCAGCUGGCCCAGGACACGGGCUUCUCUGACUGCAGAUACGGUGAUGUAACAGUAGUGAGACCCAUGAGGGAAUACUCCGCUAAAGAAAUAGCUUUCUACAAUCAUAUGUUCAAGGUUCCAUCCGUUGUCAUUCCAAACCUGGACACAAAGACACCGGACAAGGCCAGCAUCCAGCGCCUGACCCAGAGCUUCGUCACCACGCUGCAGGCCGACUUCCCCUCCACUGUCAGCACAAUCUACCGGACCGGGGAGAAGCUGCAGACGGCAGGCAGGAGCUCCUCCACCGCCGAGCGCUGUGUGCUGUGUGUUUGUGGCCUGGACACUGCUGCUGAAGAGGCUUCAGCGCUCCAGGCCACGCUUAUUUCAGAGCAGCUCUCUCAGAGUUCAGUUCCAGUGAAACCAGAACCACCUUCUACUGUUGGACAGUGUUGCUCCUCUGAAAGUCCCUGUAGAGGGUCAGGAGGGGCUAGUGACUGCUGUAGGUCUUCAAGGGACCAUGAGGCCACUGAGCUGACGAGCCUGCUGUGCUACAGCUGCAGACGGACUGUCAGAGACAUGACUUCAGUCACUCAUCUCCCUCAGUAUGUCCAGUCAGAGACUCAGAGGAGACAAAACCGGUCUGCAAUGAAAGAGCAGAUCAGUAAGUUUCUGCUGGAUGAUGCUGAUGAAAACGAUUAAGGACAAGAUGAUCAAACUUGCUUCAUUUUUUUUAAUGGUGGAACUUCUUGUAACUAGAACUUCUCAAUAUUUGUAUCAAUAAAGUAAAUAUCCUCUCUCUGAAAUCAGCAUGUUUCCUAACUGCUCUGCCUUGAAUCAUUCAUAACUUUAGAUGAAACAGCAGUACACCACAGUCCAUCCAUCCAUCUUAUGCCGCUUAUUCGAGGUCGGGUUUAUUUUCACCUUAAAUCAGUCAGUCGG